AAUUUAGAAAGUGAUGAAGAUAUGGAAGAAGAGGGUUCCGGUUUUUAUAGUGCCUAUGAAGCAAAAGAGGUACUUGGGCGUGGUUUAGCUUCAACUGUACGAAAAUGCGUUGAAAAAGGAACUGGCUCAAUGUUCGCAGUGAAAAUUGUGGAUAUAAGUACUGAAAGACAACCUGAACAAGAAGCACACCGUCUUCUUAAAGAGACGAUUAAUGAAGUGAAUUUGUUGAAGCAACUUUCUGGUCAUCCUCAUAUCAUUAAUAUUCACGAUUUUUAUCAGACACCAACUUUUCUGUUUGCUGUGUUUGAAAUGGCACCUAAAGGAGAACUGUUUGAUUUGCUCAAUAAAUCUGUGACGACAAGUGAGAAAAAAGCGCGGCGAAUAAUGGGACAAUUAUUCGAUGGUGUCGCUUUUAUGCAUGAAAGAAAUAUUGUUCAUAGAGAUCUCAAGCUUGAAAAUAUACUCUGUAUUGACGAUGAAAGAGUUGUUAUUAGUGAUUUUGGUUUCGCCGUACAACUUGCAGAAAAUCAAAAACUAAGAGAAUUAAUGGGUACGCCUGGAUACUUGGCUCCAGAAACGCUUCGUUGCCAAAUGUAUGAAGAUGCUGAAGGUUAUGGAGUUGAAGUUGACGUUUGGGCACUAGGUGUUAUACUUUACACUCUUUUGGCUGGAUAUGCACCUUUCUAUCAUCGCCGCCAAAUGUUAAUGUUGCGAUUAAUUCAAGAAGGCAAGUAUGAAUUUCGUCCAGAACAAUGGGCACAAAUCACUCAAGAAGCGAAAGAUCUGAUUCGAAACCUUCUUGUUGUGGACGUGAGCAAACGUUAUACAGCAGCGAUGUGCUUAGAGCAUCCUUGGAUGAAAAUAGCUCGGAUGGACUCAGUCAGAAAAAUAACUGAACCUUCCGAUGCAUUAAAAGAACACUAUCGUAAUUUAUGGCGUCACGCUAUCAUUCUCGUCCGCUUUUUCAUUCGUUUAACUAAUGUAAAAUAUUUGAAAUUAUUGGUUGAUUACGACGAACUCUGUAAACGACCAUUUAGAGAUCGCGAUAUUCGCCACGAAUCAGAAGCCGCUGUAUUUGCUGUGUAUGGUCAUUGGGUUAAUCGUGGAUUUUAUUAUUCUCGAGAUAUGUUAUUUGCCAAUAAACCAAGGCCUAAAUUUAAGUCAGUAGUGGUAGUUGCUGCUGCCUAA